AUGACUUUCCUCAUCUCGCUCAAAUCGGUAGCAAAACAUGGAUAUGCUCAUCUCCUUACAUGGAAUGCUUUUGAUUCUCGAUCAUCAGAUCCGGCAAUCACACGUUGUAAAUUAUUAACAACUUGUUUGUAUCUCAUUCUUCUGCUUAUUUGUGUCGGUGUUUUAACAGCUUAUACAUCAUUCAGUGUGCGAUUCAAAAGCGAAUUCGUUCUCACUCCAACUUAUUCUCAAUAUCAAAAACUUCAACGGCAAUAUUCGGAUAGUUUACAGUGUCCAUGUACGAAGAUUUCGAUAUCCUACGGGCAAUUUGUGAGAACAAGUCCAAGAUUUCAUCAGGUGUGUUCAAGUGAUUUCGUCACACAGGAAUGGAUUAAUUCCCUAUUCCUUGAAAAUCUCGUCUCUCUUUGA